AUGGGCAUCCUGGACGCGCUGUCGGAGAUGUGCCCGUCGCUGCGCACGCGGCGGCGCAUCAAGAAGCGGCCGCAGCUCACCACGGUGGAGAUGAAGGUCCGGAUCGACUGCGAGGGCUGCGAGCGCCGCAUCCGCAAGGCCCUCCACGGCCUCCACGGCGUCACCGGCGUCGAGGUGGUGCCCAAGCAGAGCAAGGUGGCCGUCACCGGGUACAUCGACGACCCGGCCAAGGUCAUGCGGCGGGUGGCGCGCAAGACCGGCAAGCGGGUGGAGCCGUGGCCGUACGUGCCCUACGACGUCGUGCCGCACCCCUACGCGCCCGGCGCCUACGACAAGAAGGCGCCGCCCGGGUACGUCCGGAACGUUGUCGCCGACCCGAACGCCGCGCCGCUCGCCAGGGCGUCGUCGACGGAGGUGAAGUACACGUCCGCCUUCUCCGACGACAACCCCAACGCGGCGUGCAUCGUCAUGUAAUUAGUUGUAGCCGUUCUUCUCUUCCUAGUUAGUACUAGUGUACGUACUACGUAGUUAGGUUGUACAGUACGAGCGAAGCGUUUCCGUAUUAAUUUGCUAUAUAUCGAUUCUCUUGUGCUUCACGCCAUUUA